GAGACGAAACUUGGAGACACCAGAAAACUGCCACUUCGUGGCUUAGUUUUUUAAUAAGGCUCCUCACAGUCACUUGUCUCUCAGCCAUUACAAGACAAAUAAGAAAGCAAAGGGCCAAAGGAUUUGCCUCAAGUUUCUGAUACAAAAAGAAGAACAUUUCAGGAAAAUUCUGAGCCUCAGGGUGGGGCCCUGCCAGGCUCCAGCGUGCGACCAGGCGCCCUCUCCUGCAGACAGGGAGCCCUGCACUGUAACUGAAGCCCAGACCCCCAGCCUUGGCGCAAGAAAGGUGGAGCUUCAAUAUGAAUGGACAAACAACCUUACCGGAAAUGACUGAAGAGUGGACGAAGGAGCAUGUGAAAAAAUGGGUAACUGAAGACCUUAAGAUUGAUGAGAAGUACGGAGAAAUUUUGUUCAAGGAAGAAGUGACAGGGUUGGUGUUAGAGCAAUUAACCGAGGAAGAUCUGAGGGAGAUGGGGUUACCACGGGGCCCAGCGCUUCUCAUAAGGCGUAUGUAUAACAAACUGCACAAUAGCACCCCUGAAGGGGACAAACAGGACUCUGAAAAAUCAGAUCGCACCAAAUCCUCCAAGAAAGAACAGCAAAAAAAGCCAAAACAGAAACGCAAGGAAGAGGAAGCACCCACACCUUCCAGUAGUGACCACGUCCUCCAGGAGAGCGGAGGGCCCGAAGAGCAAGAAUCAGUUCUUACAAAAGAAAAAACACUGGAUGAAGUAGCCAGCGCUAAGGACAAGAAAAAGAACACGCAGCAAGCCGGACAGUUGACUUGUAUGCCCUAUCCCUUUGACCAGUUCCAUGCCAGCCACCGUUACAUAGAACGUCACUUGCUACAACCUGAAACGGGACCACUCAAUCUCAUUGACCCAAUACACGAGUUCAAGGCUCUCACAAACACAGGAACAGCCACAGAAGAAGACAUUAAAAUGAAAUUUAGCAAUGAGGUCUUCCGUUUUGCAUCAGCUUGUAUGAAUUCACGCACCAACGGUACUAUUCAUUUUGGGGUCCGGGACAAUCCCCAUGGAGAAAUUGUUGGUGUGAACAUCAGCAGUAAGGAUGCCCUCAUCGAUCACUUCAAUCUCAUGAUCAAAAAGUAUUUUGAAGAUAAUGAGGUCACGAUAGCCAAGAAGUGUGUUCGGGAGCCAAGGUUUGUGGAAGUCUUGCUGCAGAACAACAUGCCAUCUGACAGAGUUGUCAUUGAAGUCGACAUUAUUCCAAAACACUCCAUAUGCAAAAAGAGGUAUUUCUACGUUAAAAUGCAGAGUUGCAAAGAUAAAGUGUGGAAGCAGAACCAAGAAUGCUCAUUGUUCGUCAGAGAAGGGGCUAGCUCCAAGGAUAUUCUCGCCAAUGGCAGGCAGCGAGAUGUGGACUUCAAAGCCUUUACACAAAACUUAGAGGCACUAGUAGCAUCUAGAAAAGAGGCUGAAGAAAAAUACACGACAGAAUCAACGAAGAAAGAGAAGGAAGGCCUGAAGCUGGUGAAACUUCUCGUGGGCAGCAGAGACUCGCUGGAUAAUUCAUACUACAGAUGGUACCUUCUUGUAACAAACAAAUGCCACCCACACCAAAUAAAACACUUAGAUUUUCUAAAGGAAAUCAAGCUGUUUUCUGUGUUGGAAUUUGAUCCUGAAUCCCGGAUCAAUGGAGUGGCCAAAGCGUACAACGAAAGCCGGGUAGCCAACCUUCACUUUCCAACCCAGUAUGAAGACAAGACAAGCAGCUUGGCAGAGAAGAUCUCCACCUUGAAUCUUUUUCAGCAGCCCAGCUGGAUCUUCUGUAAUGGAAGGUCAGGCCUGAACGGGGAGGCUUACAAGCCUCUCGAGCCACAUUUGUGGCAGAGAGAAAGAGCUUCUGAAGUCAGGAAGCUGGUUUUAUUCCUCACCGAUGAAAAUAUCAUGGAAAGAGGAAGAUUUCUGGUGGUGUUUCUGUUACUUUCUUCAGUAGAAAGUCCACAAGACCCCCUCAUCGAAACGUUCUGUGCUUUCUACCAAGCUCUCAAAGGAAUGGAAAACAUGCUGUGUAUCUGUAUGAACUCCAAGAUUUAUCAACAGUGGGAAGCUCUGCUACAAGCCAGACUGACGGUGGCAGAUGAAUUAUCCAAUCACAGCAUUUCCACUUUAAACCUAGAGCUGGUGAACAAUACAAUCCUUAAACUGAAAUCGGUGACCCGGUCGUCAAGAAGGUUUUUGCCUUCUUAUGGGUCUACCUCCGUCAUCCUGGAGAAAAAGAAUGAAGACAUGUUGACUGCUCUGGAAAUCCUCUGCGAAAAUGAAUGUAGCGACACAGACAUAGAGAAGAAUGAGUCUAAAUUCCUAGAAUUUAAGAAAUCCAAAGAAGAACACUUCUAUCGAGGCGGCAAAGUGUCCUGGUGGAACUUCUACUUUUCUUCUGAAAGUUAUUCUUCCGCUUUUGUGAAAAGAGACAGAUAUGAAGACCUGAAGGAUUUAAUACAGAACUGGGCAGAGUCUUCAAAGCCAGCAUUUGCAAAAAUCAUCAAUCUUUACCAUCACCCAGGCUGUGGAGGUACUACAUUGGCUAUGAAUGUUCUCUGGGACCUAAAGAAAAACUUCAGAUGUGCUGUGCUCAAAAACAAAGCGACUGAUUUUGGAGAAAUUGGGGAACAAGUGGCCAAUCUGAUCACCUAUAAAACAAGCAGCCAUCAGGAAUACAUGCCCGUGCUCCUCCUGGUGGAUGACUUUGAAGAGCAGGAAAACGUGUACGUGCUGCAGAACGCCAUCAACUGCAUUUUAACAGAGAAGGACUUGCGGUAUGAGAAGACAUUGGUUAUCAUCUUAAACUGUAUGAGAUCCCAGGACCCAGACAAAAGUGCCAAAUUAACAGGCAGUGUCGCACUGAAUUACCAACUGUCUCCCAAGGAAAAAAAAGCCUUUGAAGCCAAACUGGAGGAAAUUGAAAAAAAGUACGAAGACUGUAAAAACUUUUAUUCCUUUAUGAUCAUGAAAGAAAAUUUUGAUGAAGCAUACAUUAAAAACGUAGUCAGAAACAUCCUAAAGGGACAGAACCUCGACAGCAAGGAAGCCCAGCUCAUUUCUUUCCUGGCUCUCCUCAACACUUACGUAACUGAUUCCACAAUUUCAGUGUCACAGUGUGAACUGUACCUAGGGAUCAGUUACACAAGCACGCCCUGGAAGGAAGAAACCCUGGAGGAUAAGAUGGGCACAUACUCUACCCUUCUAAUAACCACGGAAGUCUCAGAAUAUGGGAGAUACACAGGUGUGCGUAUCAUCCACCCACUCAUUGCUAUCUGCUGCCUUGAAGAACUGGAGGAAAAACACCAGUGGAAUAAACAUCGCAUUACAUUGAAGCUGUUAGAUGAAAACUUGUUCUAUGAGUCUGGCAUAGGAAGAGACAAAUUUCAACAUGAUGUGCAGACUCUGCUGCUGACAAGACAGCGCAAGGAGUAUGGAGACGUAACUGACACUUUGUUUUCCCCAUUAAUCGAACAAUUACAGAAUAAGGAAAUUGAAGAGGUCUUGAUUGCAGGAAGUCGUCGGUUUCCACAGAAUGCGUUCAUCUGUCAAGCUUUAGCAAGAUACUUCUACAUUAAAGAGAAGAACUUUGAUGCUGCACUGGAAUGGGCAAAUUUGGCCACAAAAAGAGCACCUAAGAAUUCCUACAUCUCAGACACCCUUGGUCAGGUCUACAAAAGCAAAAUCAAGUGGUGGCUGGAUGGAAACAAACGCUGUAAGCACAUCACCGUGCAAGACUUAACCCAUUUACUAAGCACUGCUGAAAAGGCCUCGGCAGCUUUCAAAGAAUCCCAAAAGCAAACAGACAGUAAAACCUGUGAAACCGAGGCCUGGUCCGCACAAAGGUCUCAGAGGAAAUACGACAUGUAUAACACCGCUGGCUUCCUUGGGGAGAUAGAAGUUGGGCUGUAUUCCAUCCAGGUUCUCCAGCUCACUCCCCUUUUCCACAAGGAUAAUGAACUGUCUCUCACACGCAUGGUGAAGUUUUUAUCGGGGAAGGAGGACAUCCCUCCUGAUCCAAAAAAUGAAUACUCCUUAGCCCUUGGAAAUUUCACAUCUUACCUACAAUGUCUACAGCCAAAUUUGAAAGAAUGCUUUGAUUUUUUUGUUGAUUACAUGGUUCUGCUGAAAACGAGGAAUGCCCAGAAAGAAAUGGCAGAAAUAUUGGUAAGCAAGAAAGUUAGCCAUUGUUACAAGAAAUAUACAGAACUUUUCUGCCAUCUGGUUUCAAACCCAUCACAAAGCAGAGACAGUGUGUUGCUUCUGGAGGAGAACUGCAGGAAAAAUCUAGAAGCUUGGAGAGCUGAUAGGUUUUCUGGACUCCUGGAAUAUCUCAACCCCAACCACAAAGAGGCCUCAACCACCAUGGAAAAUACAGUGAAUACAUAUACCCUCCUGUGGAAGCAAAACCCCAAAAAACGACCAAUAAAGGAGAAACUCAAUUUCAUUCUGGCCAACAUUAUUCUCAACUGUGUGAAACCCAACUCCAAGUUCAUUCUACCUCUGAACACACUUAAGAAACAGCUCCGAGAGGUGUUGCAACUUGUAGGUCCCAGUUACCAAUACCCAGAUCCUUAUUUCUUGGCUUGCCUCCUGUUCUGGCCAGAAAAUCAAGAGUUGGAUGAAGACUCCAAACAAAUGGAAAAGUACGUUUCCUCCUUAAACAGGUCCUUCCGGGGACAGUACAAGCGCAUGUGCAGAUCCAAGCAACCCAGCACCCUCUUCUUCCUGGGCAAGAGAAAGGGGCUCCACUGCCUGGUUCACAAAGCCGAGAUAGAGAAGCACUUCAGUAAGGAGAAAGACACCAACUCCCUCUGGCAGAGCGGAGACGUGUGGAAGGAAAGAGAAGUCAAGGAUCUCUUGCAUCGUCUCACCGGGCAGGCGGAGGGCAAGCUCAUCUCCAUUGAGUUUGGAACAGAACACAAAAUUAAGAUUCCGGUGACAUCUGUGUAUUCAGGGCCACUCCGAAGUGGCAGGAACAUUGAAAGAGUGUCCUUCUAUCUGGGCUUUUCCAUUGAAGGCCCCCUGGCCUACGAUACAGAGGUAAUUUAAGGAGAACCAGUGGUUCACAGGUUUAUUC